AUGAACAUAGAAGUGCACUUAUUACUGAUUGCAGGGCUCACAGAUAAAUCUACCACAUUCUCAGUUACCAUAAAGACCGGGGAAAAGAAGAAUGCAGGCACAGAUGCCAAUGUCUUCAUCACACUCUUUGGCACACAAGAUAACACCGGAAUGACCCUCCUGAAGUCCUCCAAGACCAACAGUGACAAGUUUGAGAGGGACAGCAUCGAAAUCUUCACAGUGGAGACACUGGAUCUGGGAGAACUGUGGAAAGUCAGGAUCGGCCAUGACAACACAGGGAAGGCACCAGGCUGGUUUGUAGACUGGGUGGAAGUGGACGCUCCAUCUCUUGGAAAGUGCAUGACGUUUCCCUGUGGUCGCUGGCUGGCUAAGAAUGAAGACGACGGGACCAUCAUCAGGGACCUCUUCCCUGCAGAGCUUCAGACGAGGCUGUACACACCAUUCGUCCCUUAUGAGAUCACCCUCUACACCAGUGAUGUUUUUGCUGCUGGGACAGAUGCCAACAUCUUCAUUGUCAUCUACGGCUGCGAUGCUGUGUGCACCCAGCAGAAGUACCUGUGCACCAACAAAAGGGAGCAGAAGGUGUUCUUUGAGAGGAAAUCUGCUUCCCGCUUCAUUGUGGAG